AAUAUCAGCUCGCCCCUCAAGAUGCUGCGGAAGACAGUGUUCUUCACCUUGGCCAUAUUUCUGAUUGGUGAAGUCGGGGCAGAAGUGAGUUUUGAAAUACAGCCUUUCCUUUCUGCAGGUUUUGUUCAUUUAUUGAAAGUUUUGAUUCUUGUACCUUUGCACUUUUGGAUACGAAACUUUUUACAAGUAGUGUUUUGUCAAUUCCAGGCAAAUUUCGAAGACACUCGAUGUCGAUGUGUCUGUCCGAGUACCAUGUAUUUUGUUGGUGAUAACGCUACUGAGCAAAGUGAUAAUCAUCGGCGAUAUUAUACGAUGACAAAUAUUGGUCCAAGCUUCUGUAAUCCGCAAUCAGUUGUGAAGGGUGAGGUGACUAAAUAUGUUGACGAAACGCAUAUGGAUGCGUUUCUGGCGAACUGCGAUUGUCGAUUUGAGAGCAGGAACACUGUGAUGCUUAAGGUCGUUGUCAUAUUCGUAAUUUGCGUAAUUAUGCUGCUAGUAACCUAUAUGGCAUUCCUUCUAUGUUUGGAUCCUAUGUUACGAAAGCAGAGGUUUCAAUCUUCCUAUCGUCAACAAACCGAUGAGAUGGAAGACAACAUAUUUGCACGCGCAACGGAAAGUUCUUCAGCAGAAUCAACAGCUCCUACAAACAUGCGUGCAAGAGCAGGAAGCAAAUCAAGUUUGUGCUUGUAUUUCUCCUUCUUUCUUUUUCUAGAUGAGUACCAAUAUCUUCCCUGCAGAUGUUCUUGGCCGCGUGGAAGCAGAGCAGAAUCGGUGGAUGAAAAAGGUAGAAGAGCAAAGAAGGAACAUCUUCGAGGAUCAUACAAUGCUGAACUGAUCUUGGGUAUUAUCAGCUGUUUGUCGAGUUUCCAAAUGUUGUGA